AUGUGGAAAAUGGAGGCAAAGUCUUCCCAAACGAGGAAGAUGGAAGAACUGUCAGUAAAGCAUCCAACACCAUUUAUUCCUAAGUUGGAACCAUCAGGGGAGCCUGAUCUACAAUUUGACCGGCUGCAAACAUCAGAUCAAGAUUUAGUUCAAGAGAAAAAGUUUGAAUUUGGACGAUUUAUUGCACGAGAGGCCAUCCUUGAUGAAGAAUUGUGGACAGCAGCAUGGUUACGUGCAGAAAGUCACUGGGAGGAUCGGGCAAAUGACCGAUUUGCUGACAGCUACAAAAGGAAAUUUGCAGAUCAGGAAUUUAAUGCUAUAAAAAGACGAAGAAAAGGGGAAUAUGGGCAGAAAUGCUCAUGCAUUAUCACGGUGAGGAAGGAAUCAAAGAAUAUGAAAUACACUGUUGUGAAAAGUGUAGUUGGAACACUUGAUUUGAGCAUCCGGUACUUGUUGGAUGGAGAGACCUUUCCAGGGGAGCGGGAAAAGGCUCCUCCCUUUUGCAGCAUCAACAGAACGCAGUCAAAUAGAUAUGGUUAUAUUUCAAACUUAUGCGUCUCCAAAGCAGCACGUUGCCAGGGUAUUGCAAGCAGUAUGAUGCAUUUUGCUAUUAGAUUAGCAUUGUUAGAGGGUGCAGAACAGGUUUAUGUGCAUGUGCAUAGAAAGAACAAACCAGCACAGGAACUGUACCGAAAGAUGGGCUUUGAGAUGGUUGAAAAGGCGACCUCUCAAUUAGAAGAAGAGCAAACUUAUUUGCUUCGUUUCAAGACCUGA